CACGGCUGGACUCAAGAGGACCAAGAUCAGCCCAACUGAUGCAGCUGAUAGAAUGCUGCUCUUCCACAAGUCAUGCAGCAGCAUAGAUGAACGUCUAAAACAAAGAGAGGGAAAGCAGCCAUUCAUCCUUGCGGUUGGCCGUACCCGUAACAAGAUUGACACCUACUAUGUUGCCGUGGACAAACAGCUCAUUCCAUGCCACCAUACCAGCUCACUGAGUGCGUUUGAUGAACUUUUUAAAUGUCACUAUGUCUUCAACCUCUGGUAUGAUGAGUCCCUGGUCCAUCUGUACACGUUUGUACAGACUACUGUAUUCAACAUCGAUGUUUCCUCCACGGAAGAGUCACCUCGUGUGCGUGAGUUGCGUGCCAAGAUCUUGAAUGACAAUGUUUAAAUGUUUUAUCUGCCAAGCCUUGCAUACCACCAGUAAGGCCUUAAUAAGCCACUUGCGGAUAGGACACAGUUUUUACCCAAGCACUAAGUUCAAAUUGUCUUGUUCUCAAGACGCCUGUCGGCGUCAGUUCAGUACAUAUGCAGGUUUGACAAAGCAUUUAAAUACUGUUCAUGGUAAUGAUUUAUGUCACGGUGAUGAUGCAGAAGAGGGUGGCCUCAUUGAUGAUCUUCAGCUUGAACCUGAUUGUGCUUCUUCACAAAAUCCUAUUGAAGGAAAUGAAUUUUUGCAAGGUGCUGGGUGUUCUGAAAGCAAUGGAUCUGGUCAGUGUAGCAUUGACGAUACGAAAAACAUUUGUGCUGCAAUUAUUUCUAAACUAACUGGUAGUGGUGUGGCAAAUAGUGUAGUUUCAUCAGUUGUAAGUCAUUUAGAAGAUUUUGCAGAAGGACUUUAUUCUGAGUUUAAGCACAAAGUUUUGUCUGCUAUACCGGUUGAUAAUCCUGUAAGAAAUACAUUGGGAAAAUGUCUUGAAACCUUGAAAACCCUGUUGAGAACUUUAAUACUGAAAGUAAAAGAAAGAAGUAUUUAAGUGAAAAAUGGGGAAUGGUGGACCCCGUGGAAAAACUGUUAGGAUUCCGCUAUGAUUCAAGACUCAAUAAAGUUACGGGUACUUUUGAUCAAGUACCAGUGAAAGACACUUUUGUGUAUGUUCCAAUUUUGGAAACGAUCAAAUUUAUCUGUCGCAAUACUCAUAUUUGUGGACUGCUUAGCCGCCUUCUGUAUCAAGCGAAAACCAGUAUGAGGACUUCUGUGAUGGAAGUUACUUUAGAUCGCAUCCAUUAUUUUCAGAACACCGAACAUCCCUGCAAAUUCAGUUAUUUUACGAUGACCUGGAGUCGGCUAAUCCACUUGGUUCAAAGCAUGGACAUCAUAAAGUUGGAGCACUGUACUUUGUUCUGAGAAAUUUGCCGCCAAAGUUAAAUUCUGCACUAAUGAAUAUCCAUUUGGUUGCAUUGUUUCAUACAGAUGAUGUUAAAAAAUACAGCUUUGAUCCCAUUUUGCAGCCGCUAAUUGAUGACAUCAAAGUGUUGGAGAGUCAUGGAAUUAGUUUGCCACAUUCAGCUGUAAAUGUCCGCGGCACAAUUUCCCAAAUCACAGGCGAUAAUUUAGGCAUGCAUGGGAUCAUGGGUUUUAUCGAGUCGUUCAGUGGACGUUACUUUUGUCGUUUGUGUUUGAUUGAAAGAAGUGAUGCCCAGAAUGUUUUCAGUGAGGAUGACCCAAAGAUUAUCUUGCGAGGUAAAGAAAUCUUUCAAACUCAUUGCAACGAGUUACAGUCAAAUCCACAAAAGUUGCAUGUGUGUGGUUUAAAAAGGAAUUCAACUUUAAACAGCUUACAGUUCUUUCACGUUUCCCAGAACUUUUCUUUAGACAUAAUGCACGACAUUCUUGAAGGGGUUGGACAGGAUGAAAUCAAGUUGCUAUUAGAAUACAUGUCAGAAAACUUUUUGUCAAAACCUGAUCUUCUGUCUCGAAUCUAUGCUUUUGACUAUGGGUACUUGGAGCGGAAAAAUCGUCCAACAAGGGUCAACUUGGAUAGUGGUAACAAUACAAUAGGAUUGAACUGGAUUCAGACUCUAUGUCUGAUUAGAAAUAUUCCCUUGAUUUUUGGUGACAUUGUGCCGAAAGGUGAUCAGAAUUGGUCUUUGCUGUUGCUUCUACUACAAAUCAUUAACAUAAUUUUCUCUCCAUCGUUAACAAUGGGCAUGACGGUGUAUUUAAAACAUUUAAUAAUGGAACACCAUGCCUUGUUCAGACAGCUUUAUCCAAAUAGAAAUAUGAUCCCAAAACACCAUUAUAUGUUACAUUAUCCGAGUUGUAUCAGAAGAAUUGGACCCUUGAUUCACAUGUGGAGCAUGAGAUUCGAAGCAAAACACAGGGUGUUCAAAAACACGCUGAAAAACUUUAAGAACAUCACAGUGUCACCUGCCAAAAAACACCAGAUGUUGAUCGCUUACAAUUGGGAGACAUCCCCUUUAAACCACAUAGAGUAUGGUCCCCUGAAAGCAUUUGAUCCAGAUAAUGAUCAUGACCAUUUACCCCAACUUGUUCCUUUUGUGCAAGAAGAUACUUUUUCAACUAACUGGGUUAAGAUUUGUGGGACAGAGUAUAGAGUUGGAUUGGUUGUAUCUAGUGGCACUGACCAUGAUUUUCCUUUGUUUUAUAGGAUAAAAGUGAUUCUUAAGCUUAAGAAUGAUGUCCAUUUCAUUGCCAAUAAGCUUGAUAUUGAAUACUUCAGUGAACAUUUUCAUGCGUAUAAAGUGUGUGAAUCGGAUGAGAAAGUUGUAAUCAAUGCAAAUGUUGUGGAAACGUAUAGGCCUUUUGACCUGCAGAGCAGUUAUAGCACCGAUGAUGAUUGUCUUUUCAUUGUACCAUUAUUUUUGUACGUUUUGUGAUGUCAUUUGCAACUGUCAUUUGUAACUGUUUUUGGUGCUUGGUGUAUUAAAAACUAUAAGUUU